AUGGCUUCCACCGCUGAAGCCGCCAGAAAGUUCCUCAAAAUCUACGAAACCUCCUUCUCCGACCCCCCAACACACAAACCGUACGGAUCCUAUUGGAAGUUCAUGAAGAAGGUGUGCAUGUUGGAGCUCCUGGGCGGCAAAAUGCUCCACCAGCUCCUCCACGUGAGGCAGCAAGAGAGGAAGAGGUUCCUUAGCGAUUUGGCGAAGAAAGGGUUGGCCGGUGAGGCCGUGGAUAUUGGGGCAGAACUCAUGAUGCUGACCAACAACGUGAUAUCGAUGAUGACGAUGAGGCAGAAGAGUUGUUCUGAAAGGGGAGGAGAAGCGGAGGCGCUGAGAAAGGUGGGGGAGGACACGGUGGAGCUGAGCGGGAAGUUCAACGUGUCGGAUUUCUUGUGGUUCAUGAAGGGUGUUGAUAUUCCUCAGAUCUUCUUGAUGAUGAGUAGGGGGAAUGCGCAUUUCGUUCUCCUAUAG